UCGACGUCAUUGGGAAGACCCUCGUAGAGUUCAUCAAACGAGAGGAUGAGAAGAUCAGAAGAGACCAAGAGCUCCGGAAGCUGUUCCGCAAAAAGGCGGCGGCGCUGGCCGCGAAGAUUGGAGGUGAUGGAGCCAUGCAGCAGCGGGCCUGCAGCGGCAGCGGAGUUACAGGAGAUGUCGGUCAGAUCGGAACCCUUAAAACGUCGGGAAGAACGUCUCCGGUACGGCGUGGGUCAGUCAGAGAUGCCUCCUAGCGACCAGGAGACAGAUGGCAGACUACCAGCCCAGCAGUACCCUGUCCAACAGCUCAUCCAACCAAGGUACAUUACACAGAAGAAGAGCAGCAACAAUCAGACAGGUCGCAAAGACAGACCGACCCGUUGCUGUGAAAGCCGGGAAAACCGACAACUCUGUCAUCUUGGGGUCAGCGACAGCAUCGAUGCCGAUGCAGGACCACUCCAGUACCCGAACAGCGAUGGCUGUACCAUUGAUGACGCCAACACCAGAUAGCAACAACAACACAAUCACGGAACCAGCGACACCAGCUUUGCCGGCAGUGUUGCCAGACAGGAUUCCUCUAGAAGACGCCAUACGACUGUUAGUUGGAACUGAAAGCAAGGAUGAUCCAAGUCUCCAUGUGCAUGUGAACAGCCCAGUGGCAACAACAGCACGAUCCCCCACAAGCGUUUUUCCCAAGGCGCGAGGUCAGAGCAGCUCAGGUACCAGUACUGGCAAAAUGGAACAAAGCAGUGGAGGUAGCUCCUCGGACCUCCUGCCUACCAGCCAGUCGACUCGUCUUGGCGACAAAAGGUCUAAGAAGCGUGCGCGCACCGGGGCAGAUACUGGUACAGGCAAACGGUUCAAGCCGCAGAGCAGCCUAACAUUAAUGUACAGCACUUGUGAGCCUGUCGAUGUGUUUGACGCGUCUUACAACGAAAAGAAAGACGACGGCUUCGACGGCUACGAGACCCCAACCCUGUCCCUGAGCCGCUCAGACGACGGGCUGUGGCACUCCUGUAAGCCGGUGAAUAGCCUGAGCAGACAGCCGCCUCUUCCUCCGUUAUACCGUCCCCGUCCCCCGGGGCUGGAGCACGUCCAGGACAGCCCUCCCCCGACCAGCCCGGGCUCGCCGCGCCACCCUAGCUUUCCGCUCCACCCUAGCUUACCACAGAGUCGGCGUUCGGGAGGACCCCGGCUCCCCGUUACAGUCCACCUCCACAUGUCCCGACCACAUGGUGGCCAGGUACCAGAACUACCUGUGGAUCGAGCCGUGCCUCUGGACCGACUCCGGGCUGUGCGAUAUGGUUGACGCGUCAGUCGACACGGCUGUGCCAAACAAGCAGGAAAGAUGCGCGUGCGAUGGACAUUUGACAAACAGAUGAUUACGUAAAAAAACGAACAAAACUAAAAAAAAGUUCUUUCAUUAGCGUUAUCUAUUUAUUACAAUUUUGUUUAGCAAUGUCAAUGAAGUAUUUCCCGUUGACGGUCCCAUGCCACACUUCCAAAUGCAAGCCAAACAACAAAGUCGACAAAAAAGUUUGGCCGUACUGUUUGGAUCAAAUCAAAACCUGAGCUUCAUUAUAUGUAAUUAUACUGUUGCUUAUAGGAAAGGGAAUAAAUGUUAACAGGAAUGACCAGAAGCACUAGUCGCUAUACAUGUGUGCUAACUAAUGAAAUGUGAGAUUAAAAGUAUACAGCUGCUUUACGUGUACAGUAUAUGUGAUCUGUGAUUAAAAAACACUUUUCAU